UCCGGCUCAGGAGCAAUUUCCCUUCUCUUCCGCCGCUCCUGCUCCACUCCACUCCACAGAGGACACGCGCCGCCCCAAAACCCUCAUCCCCACCGCGGCGCUUCCGGCGACGGCCAUGGACACCCGGGUGCCGCCCGUUCCCAUGGAUCCGGCGACGGCGGUGAUGUUCCGGCUCGACGGCCAGGACCCGGACGAGAUGGAAGCCCUCUUCGCCCGCGUGCUCUCCUACACCCACUACGCCCUCCCGGACCCGCCCGUCUCCGUCGACGCUCGCCUCUUCGGUCUCCUCCCCCACCACUCCGUCGACGGCUUCAGCCGCCUUCCCGACGUGCUCCUCCGCAACAUCGUCUCUCGCCUCCCAGUCAAGGAAGGCGCGCGCACCGCGGUGCUCUCCCGGCGCUGGCGCGGGGUCUGGCGCUCUGCCCCGCUCGUCCUCGUCGAUUCUCACAUCCUCCCCGCAGCCGCAGCCACCGCGGCCGCGCGUGGCGACGCGCGGCGCAUCACCUCUGCUGUGUCCCGCAUCCUCGCCGCGCACCCGGGACCCUUCCGCUGCGUCCACCUCACCAGCAGCCACAUGGAAGAGUUCCAUGGCCUGCUCACGCGCUGGCUCCGCAUCCUCGCCAACAAGGGGAUCCAGGAACUCGUCCUCGUCAAUCGCCCUUGGCCGCUCGACCUCGUUCUCCCCUCCACCUUCUUAGGCAUGACCACCCUCACCCGCCUCUACCCCGGCCUCUGGAAGUUCCCCGACACGGCCGGCAUCCCGAGCGCCACCUGUCUCCCUAACCUCCUUGAGCUCGGGCUCUGCAGCCUCAUCAUGGAGAGCAAGGAUCUGGACUUCAUCCUCGACAGGAGCCCCGUGCUGGAGACGCUUUAUAUCCAUGAAAUCGCUGUGGUGGACGCCCCGCGCCUUGAGAGACUCAUCCUAACAGGAUGUUGGAGCCGCGGCGGGGUUUGCACCAAGGUGAAGAUCGGUUAUGCCCCCAAGUUGCACUCGUUGGGAUACUUGGAUUCAGGAAGUCAUGACCUAGAGUUCGGCAACACCGUCAUCAAGGCUGGGACAAAGGUGAGCCCAAGCACCAUGGUACCAAGUGUGAGGGUCCUGGCUUUGGAGGUGCGUUGUGGAGUCCGCAAUGAUGUCAAGAUGAUCCCGACUGUCCUCAGAUGCUUUCCCAAUGUUGAGACGCUCCACAUCAUGUCUGGAAAAACUGGUCAACCCUCUGGCAAGCACAACCUCAAGUUCUGGAAUGAGUCUGGUACCAUAGAAUGCAUCAGCUCGCGCAUCAACCUGCUGGUUUUCCAUGAUUUCCGAGGGGAUCGGAGUGAGCUUGCUUUUCUCAAGUUUUUCUUUGAGAGUGCGCUGGUGCUGAAGCAUGUGGUGAUAGUGUUGGCCAAUGCAUGGUUCACUUCGAUGGAGGAUAUGCAUUCCAAAGUGAAUCCUCUGCGGUCCAUGAAACGGGCCAGUGCAGGCUCCAAAAUCAUGGUCACUGGGUGUUCUGAUGCUGAAGAUGGUGGCAUGGGGAACUUCAAGAGAGCACCGGGUAGUUCUAUUGGCGACCCUUUCGUGAACUUCUGAAGUGAAAGGUGCAUGUUUACUUUAUCUUUACUAGCUCUGGAAGUUGUUGUGUUCUGUAGUCGCAGUUUGGACAUGCACUAUUUUCAGAGUUUUUUGUAUGAUCCGCACGGACUCUUGUUUCUGCGAACAUGAUUUGUUACCGUCUUCGUUGAUGCAAAUGGCUACCAUUCUGUCGGAAA